AUGUUUAUGUCUGUGCAUUGACAAAGCAAGCUGCGGCAUUGUUCGACGGUAAGCAGAGGAACUGCCGAAGAAGAAAAAAGGAAUAAUGAAAGGGUGAAGAUUGUGUCCAGAUUGAGAGAGUCGUCUGUGAGAACAGACUCAGAAGAAAAGCAGCCGCUCAGCAGUGGGAUGGAUCCUGACUACUAAAGAGGGGGAGAGAGAGAGAGAGGCUGAGAGAGCAAGAAAUGGGGGAGUGGUGGGAGAGAGCGACAGGAGGAGAGAGAGCGAGAGGUUUCACACGGCAGAAUAUAAAUCUGUAUGUUAACGGGACUAAAGCUCGGGGGUCUCGAAGCGCUUUUUGGGGUGGUGCUGGUGGGGGUGGUCAUGAAGCAUCAAGAGGUGGUCUUCUCCGUUAACUGAGGAUCUGUGCAAAAAAGGAAGUGGAACGUGUGGAAUCUUGUGAACGCCGGUUGUCAAGCACAGUGGUGCGCUGGUCGGAGGUCUCUGACCCCCCCUCAUUUUCAUUUCUUGGAAGAAAAACGCUAAAGAGAGACGAGAGAAAAAGGGAAGGUAGCAGCGAGGGACCAGUGAGCCGCUUCUCUCUUUAUUACCUUCAUUCACAAAACCGUUGCAUCCCAUUAUCACGGCGAUGUAGAGGCAUUCUCUCAGAUUGGAGGAGGAAUGGUCCCAUUGACUGCUGGAGGCUUAGCACCUCUUUCUAAAUGCUAACCCUUUUCAUUGCAGUCCCCCUCCCUGUCAUCUCUCGCCUUUUUUUCCUUUAAAUUUGCUGUUUUUCUGAGUUCCUUCUGUUUUUCUUUCCAACUGUGUAAUUAAAUGAGUUUGGGAUCGAAGGCUUUUUGCUCUGAUACAAGUGGGUGUUUCUGUCAUUGUGUUUUGGUGCGCGUCCACAAAGGACAGCUAAGCUGAGAGACAGCUUUGGAGAUAAUAGAACGGCAGACUAAAAGAGAAGGAGGGAGACCAGGGAUUCAUGUGCAAGCUGCAGACCAACGGCAUGACAUCUGCGAUAAAACGAAAACUGUCACAGAGACUGACAACCAUCUUAAAGUAGCCAUCCAGUACAACAUUACUACUUCUUUUGGGGAAAACAAGUCAGUUUGCCAAAGCGUCACUGUUGGCUGACUCCGCUGUUCUUGUUGCUAAGCAAAGCCUCCAACUUGAAGUUCUUGAGAAGACGGCACUGAGCAUCACUCUACAGUCAUGAAAGGAAGCUCUGAGGAAAGCAUUGAGAGUGCCAGGCCCUCCAAUCUGCAAGCUUUCGCCAAUAUAUCUACCCUUCAUGGCAUGAGUCACAUAUUUGCCUAUGGGCACAUGACAUUUCGUCGAUUCCUCUGGACUCUGUCAUUCCUGGGAUCGUUAAGCUUACUGAUGCUGGUCUGCAUGGAUCGGGUGGUAUAUUAUCUAGAAUACCCUCACGUCACCAAACUAGAUGAAGUGGCAGCCACGAACCUGACUUUCCCAGCAGUUACUUUCUGCAAUCUUAAUGAAUUCCGCUUCUCCAAAAUCACCAGAAAUGACCUCUAUCACGUCGGGGAGCUCUUGGCCCUCCUCAAUAACGACCACCAAAUAGCCAACCCUCACUUAGCUGAGCCGGAAGUUCUGGCUGCACUAAAGGACAAGGCAAACUUCAACAACUUUAAACCCAAACUUUUCAACAUGACUGAUUUCUAUAACCGGACAGGACAUGACAUCAAUGACAUGUUACUACAAUGCACCUUUCGAGGAGAGGAUUGCUACGCCAUGAAUUUCACCACAAUCUACACUCGUUACGGGAAAUGUUACACCUUCAACUCGGGAUUGGACGGCAACCCUCUGCUGACGACGCUGAAGGGCGGAACGGGGAACGGCCUGGAAAUCAUGCUGGACAUUCAGCAGGAUGAGUACCUGCCUGUGUGGGGAGAGACAGAUGAGACAUCCUAUGAGGCUGGCAUAAAGGUACAGAUUCACUCUCAGUCAGAGCCGCCUUUUCUCCAUGAGCUGGGCUUUGGGGUCGCCCCCGGCUUCCAAACGUUUGUUUCCACCCAAGAGCAGAGGCUUCAGUACCUCCCACCGCCCUGGGGAGACUGUAAGUCCACCCCCAUAGACUCUGAAUUCUUCUCCACGUACAGCAUCACUGCAUGCCGCAUUGACUGUGAAACCCGGUACCUGCUGGAGAACUGUAACUGCAGGAUGGUUCACAUGCCAGGAACUUCAACAGUUUGCACACCCGACCAGUACAAAGACUGUGCUGACCCCGCUUUAGACUUUUUGGUAGAGAAAGACAACAAUUACUGUGUCUGUCAGACCCCCUGCAACAUGACUCGCUAUGGCAAGGAACUGUCCAUGGUUAAGAUUCCCAGUAAGGCAUCUGCUAAAUAUCUGGCUAAGAAAUUCAACAAAACUGAGCAGUAUAUUGGAGAAAAUAUUUUGGUGUUGGACAUCUUCUUUGAAGCUCUGAAUUAUGAGAAAAUUGAACAGAAGAAGGCCUAUGAAAUCGCCGGGCUCCUCGGUGACAUUGGUGGUCAGAUGGGGCUGUUUAUUGGAGCCAGUGUUCUGACAAUACUGGAGAUUUUUGACUACUUAUAUGAGGUGUUUAAGGAUAAGGUUCUGGGUUACUUCCUGCGCAAGAAACGGCCGCAGCGUUGUCCGAGUGACAAUCUGGAUUUUCAAGAGAACCCAACCAGCCCUGGUGUCACGACUAAUCAUGCCCCCAGAGCACCUGCGACACACUCCGGAGUCACUCGGACAGCCUCGGAUUCACGCCGAACAUGUUACCUCGUCACCCGACUCUAGGCAACUUCGAGGAGUUCGCCUGUUGACGGCGUAAAGCGAGGCGGCGUCGGGGCACAUCGGAGACGGCAAACUGUGAAAUCAUGUGCAUUUACAAGAGAAAGUUCAUGUUAACACAGAAGAAGAAGAUUUAAACAAAAAAAAGAUGAAACCACUUCCAAAACACAACUCAGGUUCGUCUGCCGUGUCGAGGCGUCGCUUUCUGUUUGUCCCUUACAGUUGAUUUGUCAUCGAAGGAAUUAUUUUAAGAUUCUCAUCAAAUAACAAAGUUGAUCAUCAUCUAACCAACUAUUUAAGCUCACAUAACAGUAGUUUAAAGCGACAAACUCUUUUUUUAUGUAAAAAUCUGAGUCACAUGAUGUUUCUAAUGGAUCCAAAUGAUCCUCGCAUCUAUAAUCAAAGUUUCCAGAAUAUUCACUGUGAUCUUCGGAGGUUCUCUCCCUGACUCCGCCUCUGCUGUUGCUUUUAUGAGUCUCGUGUGACUGUCUACCUUCUUUUUUUGUGAAAUUAAAUUUCUUCCAGACGUGGAAUUCUUUAAAGGAAAGCGAUCCAGCAGAGAUUAGUCUGUUGAUUUGUGUCCAUUAAUACUGUAUGACUGUAUUCAGAGCACUGGACGGUGUUUCUUGUUGCCUUUUGUCCCAAUGAGGCUGUGAAUUCCUUAAAAAACUGUGCUUAGUGAUUUAAAAACACUGUUGGAACUUGACUGUACAAAUGCAAACGUUUGGUUCAUGAAGGUCGGAGGUACAUGUCAAAACGUUUUAUUAUCUAAACUUAAAUCUUUGAUAUCCGGCUGUUUUAAGACUAACUAGUAAAGCUCAAACUAUAAGGAUUUUUUCUGGAUUACAUCACUCUUCCACAUUAGCUCACUCAAACAUUAGUUAACGAUUAACAGUAAGUUCUUUACCAGUUUACAAAUUACUCACAUAAAAAAGAACAGUAAACCAGAUAUGUUCACUAGUUAACUAGGUAAUUUUGGCACUAGCCAACUAGUGAGGUUUACAGGAGCAUUACUAGUGAACUAGAAACCUAGAAAAUAGACAUAUGACAAGUUAUGUAGUGACCUUUUUAGAUUGUAACUACUUAACUAGUAAACACAAACAGCCCCAUCAGUAAACUAGUUCACAUUUUUAAACAUUAUUGGUUAACUAGUUCACAUUUUUGGCAUUCACUAGUUAACUAGUGGACUUUUUGCACCUCACUUGUUAACUAGCUGACAGUAAGUUCUUCACUAGUGACCUAUACUGAAAUGCACUAGUAAACUAGUAAUAAAAUAAUGUGCUUACUUGCUAACUAGAGGGAUUUUGCAUUGCACUAGUUAACCUGUGCAAAUUGUUUUUCUCACGAGUCAACUAGUUAGCAUUUUGCAUGUCAAUAAGAUUGCACCAGUAUUUCACACUAGUGAAUAUCGCGACCAAAAUUUGCUCUAAUUACCUAGUGAGGUUUACAGUAGCCUUACUGGUGAACUAGAAACUAGAAAACUAGAAACUUUAUGUUUGACUAGUUAUGUAGUGACCUUUAAGAGUGUAACUAUUUUGGUAUUAAGCAUAAACAGGCCCAUUAGUAAACAAGAGCUAGUUUGCUCUAGUUCAUUUGAAAACAUUACUGUAUAACUAGUUCACAUUUUUGUCAGUUACUUGUUAACUAGUAGGCUUUUUGCACUGCACUAGUUUAUUAGUGCAGAUUUAUUAUCUGACUAGUUAACUAGUAAGACUUACAUAUGUCUCACUAGUCAGUUAGUUUGCAUUUUGCAUGUCACUAGUGUCGCAGUAGUAAACUGGUUUGAUAAUGUUGUCGCACUAGUUAACUAGUGAGGUUUUUAGGAGCCUUACUAGUGAACUUGUAAAAAAUUUGAAUGUGACUGAUUAAUUGGUGACCUUAUUAAAGUGUAAUUAGUUUACUAGUAGGCACAAAUGGGGCACACUAGUAAACUAGUAGACAUAAUUAACUAGUUCACUUUUUUGGCUGUCACUAGUUAACUGGUGGGAGUUUUGCAUCGCAGUAGUUAACUUUUACACAUUUUUGUCUCUUACUAGUUAACUAUUAAGACUUACACACGUCUCACUAGUAAACUAGUAACUAGCAUUUUGCAUGUUACUAGUACUGCACCAGUAUAUCAAACUAGUAAACUAGUGCGAAAUUGUGUUUGCACUUGUUAACUAGUGAGAUUUACAGAUGCCUUACUACUAAACCUUUAGAGAAUUUUCAUGUGACUAGUUAACUAGUGAGCAAAAAUGGGGAUCACUAAUAAACUAGUACACCUUUUUAAUUAUUACUAAUUAACUAGUUUACAUUGUCACUAGCAGCUAAUGUCUGUCAUUGCUUGUCAUUUUCAAUAGUAGCUGUGACUAGGUAACUAGUUGCACUUCUGGCAUGACUAGUUAAGCUAAAAACAGCCUGAUUUCAAUGUUAUUGAUUUAAUGAUAAAACGGUUUGUCAUACAGAUAAACAUGUUUUACAGACUGCACAAUGAACACAUAGAGUUAGCAGUUAGCAGUUUAGGGACACAGUUAACUGUAAUAAACCAGUUUAGAGGAAAACCCUCCCCUGACUGGAACUCUCAUCCCCCCAGUUUUUAAAAAUUAAGAGUCAUUGAAAGUUAUGGGUUGAAACAAUAUGGAGGUUUCUGGCCUUGUAAUGUUUAAAUGUAACUAAAGAUGGGUGAUACAACGUUACAUUUUCUUAGUUACUUUACUGAACUAAGUAUUCCCAAGAGUGGUUGAACUGCACCUUACUUUGUACUCAUACUGGAGUAGAUUUAUAUGGAUAAACUGUAUUUUACUCAGCUACUUUUAUUCGUUUGUGACAUAAACGAUAGAAUCUGAGCAGUACUACAGUAAUAUCACCAGAUAAUUGGUAAUUAUGAAACGGUCCAAUUCUCAUCAGCAUCAGGGGGGAGGAGCUCUCCAUGACAAUAUGGGAUUAUGAAUAUUCAGACACAUAGGAUGUAUAUUUGUAUAAACCCAGUUUGUAUUUGAAGCUAAACUUUAUUUAUAGAAUUAUAUUUGCAAACAUUUCUUGUUGAACCAGAUGGAAAACAGAAGAGUGAUCCUCUUUUGUUCUGAAAAUCUGUGAAAGUAAUGCUCAAAAGAAUGUAAUGGAAUGUUGUCUUUUUAUUCUGGAAAUACCAUCAUUUGCACAGUCAGUUUUAUUUUUUAAGCCUGAUUUGAAAACUGUAAAUCAGCUCAAACUGUAACUGAAGUUGUUUUUUUAUUUUCAUUUUUUGUAUUUGUUCUUAAAUGUUUUGAUGAAAAGUUACUCGUACUGGAGUAAAUAUACCCGGCCCGCCUCUGAAUGUCAUCACACAGUUUCUAAAAGAAUGUACAAAGUAGUUCCUCCAUGAUUUUACUCUCUUACUGUCUUUGACAAAAUGAACCCUGUGCUGUUUUUCAGAGAGACUUGACACUAGAAACAAGAAAAAUUAUUUCUAAAAAUGUUUGCUGUGACUUUAAAUCAGAAACA